AUGGUAAACCAAACGGUUGUGACAGAAUUCAUCCUUCAAAGAUUCUCCAAUGUGCGAGAGCUACAGAUUUUGCAUUUUAUGGUGUUUCUCUCCCUCUACUUAGCAACGCUGAUGGGGAAUUUUCUAAUCAUCACAUCUGUGGCACAGAUUCCUCACCUUCACACCCCCAUGUAUUUUUUCCUGGCUGUCUUGUCAUUGGUAGAUGCCUGCUUCAUUUCUUCCACAGUUCCUACAUCCAUGGUCAAUUCCUUGGUAAAUGACAGUCGGAUUUCAUUUGCAGGAUGUGUCAGCCAAGUGUUCUUGGUUGUUGCCUGUGCCACUGCAGAAAUUUCCCUGCUCACUGUCAUGGCUUAUGACCGCUAUGUAGCAAUCUGCCACCCUCUGCAGUACCUGCUGAUCAUGAACUGGAAUGCCUGCUUCCAAAUGGCAGCUGCUGCACUGGUCUUCAGCCUAAUUAAUGGAAUGAUACAAACAGCAAACACAUUUAGGCUUCACUUCUGCUGGUCCAAUGUUGUUGAACAAUACUUCUGUGAUAUCCCUCAGUUGUUAAGGAUAUCUUGCACAGAUACCAAGUUCAAUGAGAUCUUCACUUUUGUCUGUGUUCUUACUUUGGGUUCCAUUUGCUCUGUGUUAAUAUUGGUUUCCUAUGGUUACAUCUUCUCUACUGUAUUCAAGAUUCAGUCAGGCCAAGGGAAGUACAAAACUUUCUCUACCUGCAUCCCUCACUUGACAAUGUUUUCCCUGUUUGUUUUUACUGUCAUGUUUUCUUAUAUGAGACCAAAGGUGAUGUCCUCUCCAACUGUGGACUUGUUAGCUGCUGUUUUGUAUGCAGUUUUGCCACCACUCAUGAAUCCCAUCAUUUAUACCUUGAGAAACAAAGACAUCCAAGUGGCACUGAAGAAGAAAACAGGUGUCAAUGCAAAAUGGUGA